AUGACCUCCUUGGGUGAUAUCUUGGCGCAAAUCACCUUUACAAGGGUUAUAAUUUAUGGUAUUUUAUUUUUACUCUUCUCUUUUAUUGUCGACUUGUCCACUCAACCUCGAUAUCCUUCUGAUAUUCCUGUUCUUGGUCACGACUCCAAGAAAUGGUUCUCUAGAAUUCGAAAUAGCCUUGCCUACUUUACUCAACAUCAGGCAUGGAUUGGUGAAGGCUAUGAAAAAUAUGGCAAAAAUGGCCUGCCCUUUAUUGCUCCGUCGCCAAUCUCUCGUCCUCCCGAUGUCAUCCUCCCUAGAUCGCAAAUACCAUGGAUGAUGAACCAGCCCGAUCAUAUCCUUUCCGCAGCUCACGCCCAUGAUAAGAUCCUACACACAGAGUACAACUUUCUCGGCAAGGAACUUCUCAAGGAUACCUUUGCGCAACGCGUUAUGCACAAGUAUCUAGCUCGGCAUCUAUCAUCGCUAGUCCCAGCUGUUCAGGACGAGGUCAACAGUUCUGUCAAGGAUGCUGUCGAGACACUAAUCAAAGCAGCCGCUAAAAAGGAUGCCGGUAACGUUGAUGACCAAGGCUUCACAAAACUCAACAUAUGGGAGCUGUGGCUCGCUAUCGUUCCUCGAGUUACGAAUCGUCUUCUUGUGGGCGAAACAAUAUGCCAUGAUCCAAUCUUUAUACAGUCCAUGGUGCGCUUCACAGAUGACGUUGUCCGCAAUAGCUUCUUGCUACACGCUUUCCCCCAAGUUCUUCACCCUAUUGUCGGCCGUCUCAUCACCAUUCCGAACUACCUUCACUGGCGUGGGGCUACACGCCGUGUACUACCAACCAUCGAACAGCGCUUGAAAGACAUGCGACGCAAAGAAUCCAGCGAUCCUGAGAUGAAGAGCUGGGCACCUCCAGAAGAUUAUAUAACUUGGCAUAUUCGCCUUGCCAUGGCAGAAGGGAACUCUUUUGAGCUCGAUCCAUAUGUCAUCUCUAAGCGUCUUCUGCCUAUAAACUUUGCGGCUAUUCACACAACUGUUCUCACUGGCCAGUCUUGGAUGUUGGAUCUCUGGUCCCUUCCAGCCUCUGAACGCGCUCUUGAUACAAUCCGGGAUGAGCUCGAGGCGAACAAGCCGGCAGAGGGUCACUGGACAAAACAAAAUCUUGGCUCCCUCAUGCGACUCGACUCAUCAUUUCGCGAAUCCCAGCGCCUAAGUAACUUUGCAGCAAAUCUCGUCGAACGACAAGUUAUUGCGCCUGAGGGCCUUCAUAACCCUGAUUACGGGUGGACGUUGCCGCGUGGUGCUUUCGUUACUGUCAAUCUGCAAGGGACACACCAUGAUGAGGAUAUUUACAAAGACGCUAUGAAAUAUUUUCCGUGGCGGUACUCGAAUCCUAGGGAAGCCUGGGAGAUGAAAUCGGCCGAAGAGAAGAAAGAAAACGAGGAGGAAGGGAAGAGAAUAAGAGGUUUGGGGAUGGUGACUACUAGUGAUAUUCACUUGGCUUUUGGUCAUGGUCGGCAUGCAUGUCCGGGACGCUUCUUUGUUGCGCAUGAGCUGAAGCUCAUCGGGGCUGCAUUGCUUCUCGACUACAAUAUCAAGACGAUCGAGGAACGACCAAAGGCACAAUGGAUGGGGGCAACGAUCAUUCCUCCCUUGGAUGCAUGCAUUGAAAUUCGAUCGAAAUAA